AUGAAGCGCCACCGUGACAUCUCCGCCUCCGCAUCCGCCCCGGCCGCCGAUGAUGCUCAGAAAGUAGACGGAGAUGGUUCUUGUCAUGGUGAAUUCGAAAAAGGGAGUGACGAGGGGGAUGAUUCUGUGGGAUUUGAAGAUGAGGGAGAUGUUGAAGAUAUUAGUGAUUUGGAAGAUGAUGAAAAUACUGCUAUUGAUAUAGAAAGGGCGCGACGAGGUAUUGCCAAUUUCAUAUGUUUCGAGGAUGUGACACCGAAUCUUGUAAAAAAUGACGAUUUCAGAAACUUGAUGACUGAAUACUUUCCUUCUUUGACCUUGGAUUCCGAGACAACCAAAAAUGAUUGCUUGAAGGUUUUUGAGGAAGCGAAAUCAAUAACAAAAUGUACUUUGAAUCAUAUGGGCCGAAUGAUUCCUCUUUCAGUUGACGUGUUAACGUACUUAAAUAGCCGUGGUUCCCGCUAUGACUUCGUAUGUUUGGCCGCCCACUUCAUUGACGACUCUUGGAACUUGAAGAAAUGGAUUCUUAGUUUUCAAAGGCUUGAUUUUAUUGAUGCGGCAAUCUUGAAAUCUAUAGAUGACUGGAACCUUGAGGAUAAAGUAUAUACUCUGACCUCGGGAAAUAUUAAUGAAUUUGCAUUCGAUGAAAUUAUUGAGUCCAUUAAGUCUCAGUUCAAGGAGAAGAACAGACUGCCACUUGAUUCUCGUCUUUUUUCUGUGAGUUGUUGUGCUGAAAUGUUUGGUUUGAUGGCACAAGAUGCAUUCGAAGAGAUAUCUACUAUCAUCAGCAAACUCAAAAUGCUACAUUGGUCGUGGCCUGAAUCUAUGUGGCAUAUCACAAAUUCGAAACUGAAAAAUUCUUUACAUAUGGAAACACUGAGAGAAUUCAAUUCAGAAGAUAUGCGUAGGGAUUGUGAUGUGCCUUCUGCAGAUGAAUGUGAUAAAGUUCGAAUUGUCUAUAGACUUGUGGAUAACGCUUACAAUGUUGCAAAGCAGGUUUUUGAAACAAAGCAUCCAACCGCUAACAAAUUUUUGUACAAUCUUCAGGAACUUCGUGCAAAAUUAAUUCUCGAAGCCACCAGUUCAGUCUCUUUUACUAACAGUGUGGCUAAGAAAAUGCUUCAAAGGCUUGAGAAGUACAUAAAAGAAACGUUUCUGGUCUUGGCGAUUGCGUCAGUGAUGGAUCCUCGUUGCAAGAUGCAAUACAUGGAGUAUAUUUCCACGAAAUUUGAAGACAUAGAUGGCAUCUUUGAAAGUGGUGCUGUUUUGGAGGCUAUUCAAAGCAUCUAUGCAGAUUAUGUGAUCCGUGGCACUAAAACGGAUAAUUCUGAAGGUACUUCAAAUCUUAAAACAGAAGAGGGAAAUCCAAGAAAUGAUAAAGAACAGUUUCCAAAUUUUCCGGGAGGCCAAGAGUACAGUGAAUAUGUUCUAGUCAAUAAUAAGCCUAAAAAAUCUGAUCUGGAUUCGUAUUUAGAAGAUCCUGUAGUACCUUGGGAUGAAAACUUCAAUGUAUUGCGGUGGUGGAAAUCUGAAGCUCCCAAGUAUCCAAAUGUCUCAAAAAUGGCCCGAGACUUCUUAGCUAUCCCUAUAUCAGUGGCCACUUCAAACGAUGCCUACUAUUAUAUGGAAAAUAGACCACCUGAUCUUCGUGUUAUUACUUCAGGGGCGGAGAUGAUGAAUGCUGUUAUGUGCUGCAGGAGCUGGAACCCUGGUCCGAAGAUUGAUUUUGAGUUAUUCUUUCUUGCUGCUGGUGUAAAUAUAUUAUAA